AUGCCUUCCGCUGCCGACAACGCGUCCAUCUUCUCGGGCGUCUCGGCUGCUCCUUCCCGCUUUGGUGCUUCGCGACAGCCUCAAUUUACUCUCGACACCUUCUCUAGCCAGGAUUUCAUAGUCAAGGACUUUAUCGAAGCUCUUUCCGAUGCUGCAAUUCCUCCGAGUCGCCGUACUGGCCCGCAAGCUGUCGCCUUUGACCCCAAACCCUUGAUCCGUACCUUCGAACAGGCCCUGAACAGACUCAAGCUGCUGAGCGAGGAUCUUGAACUGCAAGAGAAUGAAUUAUCCGCUGGUGUAAGAAGAGCAGAAGCUGUGCACAACACGAACGUCCAAGCUAGNGAACGGGAGCUCGAACGUGCUGUCGACUCUUUCCAUCGUCUAGAAAGGAGCCUGGAUAAUGGCGACCAAGGAGGAAAUGCUGCUGUGAGGAUAGGAGAGAGACUCGACGAGCUGGACCGCCAAAGCCAGCGUGCUCAGGACGCCAAAUUCAUAUUGCAGUGCUGGAUCGACGUCAGCGAGCGUCGUGAUCUGUCUAGCCUUGACGAUGUCAGGAGACUCCAAGGUGGUGAGGGAAAGUUGCGCUGCGCCCAUAUUGCUCGUCAACUGCUCAAGAUCAGCCAACGUCUUGACUCAUCAAACUCGCUUUCUAACGGUGAUGGCACGAACGGUCACGACACGCCCACUGAGUUGAUCGAGAAGUUCCUCGAAUCACUAGAGAAGGAUCUCUUGAAGCAGUUCGACGACUUUUACAGACGCCAGAACUUUGACGGCAUGAGAGAGUGUGCUGUUGCUCUGAAAGACUUUGGUGAUGGUGCUAGUGUCAUGGGUCUGUUUGUAAAUCAGCAUCAGUUCUUCAUCGACCGCAGCCAGCUCAUAACCGAAGACUUGGUCGCCGAGUCAGAUACGUGGGAACGUCUUGCCGACCCAGACACCGAACCGCCGGGUGUUGAGCCUAGUUUGCAGAGCUUGGUGGAUGAAGUGAAACUUGUCGUGCAAGAAGAGAGCUUUAUCAUCAAGAGAGCAUUCCCUUUCCAUGAAGAAGUCUUGGUGCGCUUCUUACAGAGAAUCUUCCAACAAUCUAUACAACAGAAACUCGAAAUGGUGCUCGACAAGGCAGACUCAAUUUCUGGUCUAGCUUUUCUGCGUUCAUUACAAGCCAGUAGGAGCUACAUCUCAGCCUUGGUCGAAGACUUGAAGGCACACGGCUUGACUGAGCAUCCAGAACCUGCCUCUGCACAGACUGCCGCUGUCCUUGACCAGCAACUCGAAGACUUGUUUGUGCCAUACUUCUCUGGCUCAUCAUAUAUCGAGCGUGAGAAGAGAAGUUUGGAAGAACUUUACUCCUCUCUUCUGUUCAAAUUCACAACCUACCACACUCGCCGACGAAAAAUGCCAACGUCAUAUCUCGGCUCUCUUUCCGCGCGUAGCAGAGAACUCAUCUCCUCAACACGCGACACAUAUCUUGACAGACUCGAAAACUCGGAUAUUCCAGCUUCCCAAAAGUCCACUCUUUUGCGAAUUGCUGGACUAAACCCUACCGCAAGUCAUACCCAUAAUAGGAAUGACGUUGACGUAUCAGAAGAAGAUGGCGAACUGAGCUUACCGUUCAUCAAACGCAUGCUCAAAUGGCUGGCCGAGAGUGUAGGCCGAGGUCUUGAAUUAGCUAACGGACAUGAGACACCCAAAGAUGUGCGAGAACUGUUGGGUCUGCUCAUCGCAAACAUGGGCGAGAUCUACUUGGAAACAGCGCUGGACGCCGUCACAGAGUCCGCCACAGCAGCCGAAAGCAGCACAAAAACCGAACCGGACUUCGGCCACCUCGUCGACCUCCGCAGCGCAGUCAGCAUCCUCCACCUACUGCUCGCCACAAUCCAAACCCUUCUUCUCCCUCUCGCAGCCAGCAACCUCACUAUCCGCCGCGACCUCGACAAAACAACAAACUCCUUUAUCGACCGCUGCGAAUCCAAAAUCGACACCAUCCUCCAGAAAACCAUCGAUGCCACCCUCUCCUACUCCUCACGCAUUCUGUCUCAACAAAAGAAGACAGACUUCCGCCCUCGCGACGAUGCCUUACUCCAACUAGACCAACUCCAAACACCCACCUGCCUUGCCCUCUUCAACUUCCUCACAAAAGUCCACAGCCGCGCGGAAACAGCCCUCAGCGGCAAAGUGCUCGAAAACUUUCUCCUGGAGCUGGCAAUGGGCGUUCGCGCCCUCCUUCUCGCCCACUUCCGCGCUUAUCCCGUUUCCCUCACCGGCGGCCUCAUUGUCUCCAAAGACAUGGCCAAAUACAUUGAAUUACUCAAGUCUUGGACAACAUUGCCCAAACCCUUUAUCGAGAGUUUGGAGGUACUGACUGAAGUUGCCAAUUUGUUUGUCAUCGGGCCCGAGGCGUUGAGGGAUAGGAUCAAGGGAUUGGAUGGCGAGACUGGUGCUAAAGCAGAUGCUAGUGGUGGUGCUGUGAUUGAAAAGGCUGAUCUAAAGCCGUUUAUCCUUAUGAGAGAGGAUGCGAGAAGUAUUGGUGUGCAGAGUGUUUUGGGACUGUAA